CGUACCCAGGUCGACGACCCUACAGCUCAGAACGGAGAAUUCCAGUGCUACGAUUGCAUAAAAUCUUUUUCGAAGAUCGAAGAGCUUCUUUCACAUCAGAGAACUCACACAGGGAAGCAGCACUCGUGCCAGGAGUGCGGGAAAAGUUUUAUACGAAAGCCGUCACUCAUUAGACAUCAAAAAACUCACGCGGGGGAGGAGCCGUUUUCAUGUUCGGAGUGCGACAAAUGCUUUAUCCUUAAAACCAAUCUCCUUUCACACAUGAGAACUCAUGCUAGUGAGAAGCCUUUUAUUAUAUAUAUAUAUUUGAAAAGCUUCAGUAGCAUAAAGGAACUUCUCUCCCACCAGAGAACCCACAGAAAGAAAAAGUCCUUCACUUGCUCUGAAUGCGGGAAAAUCUUCGCUUUUGAGACAUUUCUCAAAGAGCACCUGAGAUUUCACACUGGGGAGAAGCCGUUUUGCUGUACCGAAUGUGGGAAAAGUUAUCACUGUAAGUCGGGUGUCAUCGUACACAUGAGAGUUCACACGGGGGAGAAGCCAUACGCCUGCUUGGAAUGCGGGAGGCGUUUUUCCUUGGGAAUAUUACUUCGUAUGCAUGAGCGGAUUCACACUGGGGAGAAGCCAUUUCCCUGCUCAGAGUGUGGGAGGCACUUUAGGCGGAAAUCUGUGCUUGCAGUCCACCAGAGAAUUCAUACAGGGGAAAUGCCAUAUUCCUGCUCGGAGUGCGGGAAACGUUUUGCGCAGCAGCCGGCUCUUAUUGCACAUCGCAGAGUUCACACGGGAGAGAGGCCCUAUGUGUGUCAGGACUGCGGGAAGGCUUUUGCUAUGAAAAGUCAGCUCAAUCUACACAAAAAAAAAAUCAAAGCUUGCAAGAAGUAA